UUCACUCUAUUUCUAUGCUAUGCUCUUUUGCUUUUUACCCUAAUCAUUUCGGUUGAAUUGUGGGAAAAUUUGUUGAGUUUUAAGUUAGUUUUAAGUAAUCAGACGCUCGAUCUUUUAGUUUCAUGACAUUUAAUCACUACCCAUUUCAUGUAAUUUCUGUUUUCAUCUGUUAAUCUACUUGAGUUUUCCAGUUAAUUGGGGUAAUUACUUGUUUGUGUUGAAAAUAUUUGGAUGAGAUUGUGGGUUUUGUUACGAUUGUGGAUAGGAUAUGAAUGGGGAAUUUUCAUGUGAGUUUUGAGGUUGUUUCUUAUUGGUUGGAAAUAUAGCAGAUUGAUUUCUCAACUUUAUCAUUUUGAUGUUUUACACAAUUGGACUAUGAUUUUUGAUGAGAUUUAUUAGUGUGUAUGGUUAUUGAUUCUUCGUGGCGGAAGUGGUGGGAUUAUGUUUUUAGUAUACUGCUCACUGUGGUGGGUUUGAUGUCUUGAGAACUCUGAUAGGACAGGUUUCCUGCACCCGUUAGUCCAUCCUUCACAUGGAAAAGAACGGGGGUUAUUCGCUUUCAUGAGCCUGGAUGCAUUAUUGACCGUAGCUAGGAAAUUAGCAUGCAUUGCUCUUGUUUAGGUAUGCAGAUUUGUAACAAUGGUGCUGAGGUUAUACCUUUACUUACAUUGGGUUAGAAGUUGUGUUUUGGUCCUUUUGGAUAGGGUUUGUGCACUUUGCUUUGAGUUAUGGUUGGUGUGUCCUUAACUGGAGUCUGAACCGAUGAAUUAGAAGGAACCAAUUUGCUUCCAUUGUCACUUCUUGCCUACCAUCAAUGAAUUAGUUUAGCUAUAGAGCAAUCAAGAGCCAAUUCCCCCACAUUGAAGUAUUAUUUUGACUUGAUUUUUCUAUUUGGUUCAUUUUAAUUUCUAGCUCACUACACCGAGAUCAGUGGGAGUUAUUUGAUACCUAGGAUGCUCAUGAGCUAUUUAUUUAUGAAGAUAGAUUUUUUUAACCUACAGUUAUGAUUAGUUUAAGAGAAUCAAUUUGCUCCUAUCAACAAAUCAGUUUAGCUGUAAAGGAAAAUCAAGAGCCAAUUCCUCCACAUUGAAGUAGUAUUAUUUCGACUUGAUUUUCCUUUUUGAUUCAUUUUAUUUUCUUGUUUACUACACCAAGAUCAGUGGGAGUCAUUUGAUACAUAGGAUGCUCGUGAGCUUGUAUAUCUGAUUUAUAUACCUACAACUAUGUGGCUGUCCCUUUGGAAUAUGAAAGUGCAAGGUUGUGAAAAAUCUAGGUUAAAUCAAAAUCCUCUUAGUCAUUCUAGAAGAUAGAAGAGCCCAAUCACCCACAUUGAAGUUUGAUCCUUGACUUAUAUUGGGUUCAUUGUAAGCACAAACAUCAAUGGAAGGCAUCUGAGAUUUAAGGACUCACCUGUAUUCAAUUACAUAAGCAAUCUGUCUCCCAUACAGCCUGUCAAGGCUGGGCCUGUUUCUCAAGGAUUCCCUGAGCUAGCUUCACCUCCACUUGUAUUUACAUCACCACGCAUAACUUCACUGCAUAGCUUCGGUAACAGGAAGAUACGAUCAUCUGGUUCUAAUUCAGAAUUUUCUCAAGACCAUGACAAUUGUCAGAGAAACGAGAGGGACCUGGGUCAUUCAAUGAAAGUAGUUCCUGAAUUUCGUAGUCCACUGGUUCCUAGUGAUCAAAAGACCUGUAAUACCGAAAAGUUAGUAUCAGUUGCGCAUUGUAGUCCGUCUGGUUGCUUUGAUGAUUACUUAGGCGAUCCAGGACAAUCUGCAAAUUUUACACAUAAAAUGCAAUCUGACAAUGCUCCUCCAUCUGCUAAAGGUGGUUGUUUGAAGAAAAUAGGUGUUGUUGAUGGCAGAGAUAUGGGUCCGUUUUGUUCUGCAUCGCAAAAGGGUAGAGAUAGUGCACAACCAAGGUCAAGAAUCAGUGUUAAGCUGGUUAAGAAUGAAUCACGGCAUAUGACAUCAUUGUCUGAAUGUUCAGGUGCCUUACCGAGGUUGUUAACAGAUCAUAUAAGUCAAAGUGGAGAUUCUUUCAGUGAGGCCAGUCAGCUUGAACGUGGUACUCUCAGGCGUUGCCUUUUUGAUGAGAGUCAAAGGAAAAAUUCUGCUGACCAAUUUGGUUUCUCGAAUCCCAUCGUUAAUGCCCAGAUUCAAGAAUCUGCUAACAUGUCCUAUGGAAAAUCAGGGAAUAGGCAUAUGAUCAACCUCUCCAAACCUGCAAUUGACGCGUCUGUGUCUCCUGGGAACUAUCCUGUUGUCAUUUCCAAGUCUUUAGGUAUAGGGCUGCAUUUGAACAGUGUAGUUUACUCCGGAUCAACAGAUAGUGCAAUUGGUAGUCAACAAUCGUCUAUGGUGAGUGUGGAAGGUAAUAGCUCACCACAGAUCACAAACAACCAAUCCGAUGGAAAGAUUAAUGCCUCCAAUAUAGUUGGGAUAAGUUCAGCAAGCCGUGAAGAGAUAGAUCAACAUCAGGCCCACUUAGUACCUGCUUAUGACACCACCAUAGCUCCAGAUUUAGAUGAACAAUUUAACACUGCCAUUGACGCUAAACUAGAUCCUUGUUCUACAAUUACAAAUGACAAGAGAAAAUCAAGUCCAGACCUCGAUGAAAAUGACUCUAGCCUCGGAAGCCCAAAGAAGACCAGGAAAAAGGCCUCAACCUCUACUGACGAUGACACCACCAAGCGAUGUAAUUGCAAAAAGACUAAAUGUUUAAAACUUUAUUGUGAUUGUUUUGCUGCGGGAUUUUACUGUGGUGAAUCUUGUGCUUGCCAAGGGUGCUUCAAUAGACCAGAAUAUGAAGAUACAGUUCUAGAGACAAGACAGCAAAUUGAGUCCAGAAAUCCGCUCGCAUUUGCUCCAAAAGUUAUGCAGACAGUCACAGCUUCUCCUACCACCGGCAAGGUUGUCGAGAAGUUGUCAACUCCAUCCUCAGCAAGGCAUAAAAGAGGAUGCAAUUGCAAAAAAUCCAUGUGUCUCAAAAAAUAUUGCGAGUGCUAUCAGGCUAAUGUUGGAUGCUCCGAGGGAUGUCGUUGUGAAGGAUGUAAAAAUAUAUAUGGUGUAAGAGAAGAUUAUAGUAUUGCCAGAGAAAUUAUGCUUAAGAGAGCGUCUGUUGAAAUGUCAGAAGGGACAAUAACAGUCAAUGGUAAUGUUGUCAGCAGUCGGGUGCACAGCUCCCCCAGCAUGACACCUAUUACACCAGCACUUCAGUGCUCAGACCAAAGAAAAACUGCUCCCAAAUCUCGGCCACCCUUCAGGAGAUUUUUGCGGUCUCCAGAUCUUCGUCAUGAUGUGUUAACAACUGAAGAUAACUUGGCUUCUCCGAGAAAUUUACAGAACCAAAGUGUGCUAUUAGAAACAAGUAAAUGUCUUGAUGAAGGUGCUCUAAAUAUGGAAAAAGGUUCCGAGUAUACCGAAGACAGAUCAGUAUCGGCAGGUGAUGAGUCCAUAUAUGCAGCCUGUUCCUCUCAAUCAUCAAAUACCGAUGCAAAACAUAGAAACUUGAGAAAUAUUUCACAGCCUGAAUCUUUUGCUCAAAGUGAUCCUCCGCCACCAAGUAGUUCCCUUCGAUGGCGAAGUUCACCCAUUACUCCAAUUACACAUUUGGUCACUUCUGAACUCAAUGAUCUUGGUACAGGCAGCAAGCACUGUGACAUGUUUGAAGAUGAUACCCCUGAGAUAUUGAAGCACUCAUCUACUCCUGUUAAGUCUGUGAAAAUUAGCUCCCCAAAUAAGAAGCGCGUCUCUCCCCCACAUAAUUACAUGAAUUCUUCAGAAUCCUUGAAAAGUAGCCGCAAAUUUGUACUGCGGGCUGUGCCUUCAUUUCCACCGCUUACACCGUACUCCGGAAACAGCAGCAACGACAACAGAGGACAAUAGUCGAAUUAGACAUCCGAUCAUGCUGUGAACAUAAGUUUGCGAUUCUCUAGGUAUCAUAUGGCUUUGAGUAUAUCAGCUAGCAGAAGCAAUAUAUAUUAGGUUUCUGACUGAGGCGGCUUGUUCUAUGUCUGUGUCUACGUCCAAGACUCAGAAUAUACAAGUGAAUACAAAGGUUUGUCACUUGAAUUCUGGAUAUGGGAAGCAGUUUGUAUUUGAUAUCUACUGUCUGGCUGUUGACAAGCUCCAUCAAGAUAUUAGAAACUCCAACAGCUUGCUUUUCCAGGCAGUCUACAUCGAAACACGACAUAAUCUGAACGGUAAUCUGCUUAUAUUUGAGUUUAGGGGUGACAAAACGAAUACUCCACAUCCGAUGAUCCACAGAGUCAGCUGUUUUAUGUCUUUCAAGAUUGUCGGUACCUUACUUCCAGUUUUUCCUCCUUUCGUCGCUCUAAUUGAACAUUAUUAUUUCCCCUCUAAUUGAAAAUUUUAGGGGUCAAAAGAAAGCAAGUAAAUAAUUUUGACUUUGUACCCAAAUUGAUAAAUUUUCACAGGCUUUUCAGUCCUAGUUCAGCAUAAUUUUAUUUAUAAGAAUGGCAUAUCUUGCAGUA